GGGCGCUGCAGUUGCAGGAAUGAAUGCGGAUGAAUAGCGCGAUUGUUCCGUUCUUCACUGCCUGCCGAAGCCAUCCUCUUUCAGUUUGCUUGUCCCACUUGGUUCGAUGCCUGAGAUCUAUUUCUCGUCCUGGUCAAAGCUUGUCUUUAUUAAGCUGAGUUUCAACAGGAUUGCAACAUGGACAAGUUUGUCAUACGAAAACCUAGAACUCAAGAAUGUCCUAAGAAGAAAGAUCCUGGAGAAAGGAUUUACAAGCAAGCCACUUUAGAAUCUCUGAAGAGAGUUGUGGUUAUAGAAGAUAUAAAAAGAUGGAAAUCUAUGCUAGAGCUUUCAGUACAAACUAAGGAGAAUUUAAUUGUUGCCUUAGAAGAACUAAGGAAGAAAAUUCCUUCCAAAGAAGUUCUCCGUUCAACAAAAAUAGGUCAUACAGUGAACAAAAUGCGUAAGCAUCCAGACCAGGAUGUGGCCACUCUUGCAAAAGCUGUGUAUACAGAGUGGCGAACAUUCAUCAAAGACCACUCAAACAAACCCUCAAUAGAAGUGAAAAGUAAUCCUAAAACAGAGAGCAUUCGAAAAAAUGCACAGAAGCUACUCUCUGAAGCUCUAGAGGUGGAGAUUGGUCACCUGCUAGUGGAAAAUAUUGAGCGAGAAGCUUUUCAUCUCUCUUCCCGUCUUACUAACGCGCCCUACCGCAGGACUGUGCGAGCCCUUGUGUUUGUUUUGAAGCACAAGCCUGAAACCCGAGCACAAGUCCAAAAUGGAACGCUGUCACCUAACACAUUUGUACAAAGCCACAGGAAGUGAAGUGCCUGGGACAGAUUUUUUUUGGGGGGGGGGCAAUUGGCACAACUGCAUCCUGCAAAGAAAUAUGGAGCCUUGUUUGUUUUUUAGAGGAACAAGAUAACAUCAACAACGUGAUCACUCAGUAAUUUCAAAGGAAUAGGAAUACUUACAUAGGUGUCAAACUCGCAGCCCUCCAGAUGUUAUGGACUACAGUUCCCAUCAUCCCCUGCCAGCAUGAUGCUGGCAGGGGAUGAUGGGAACUGUAGUCCAUAACAUCUGGAGGGGCCUGAAUUUGACACCUGUGCUUUAGGAAGUCCAUGGGAAACCAAGUUUUCAUUGGAUGGAAAGGGUGUUUUGCAAUUCAUAGAGCAACCAGAAUUGGGAAGUUGGUUUUAUGUUACGAUGAAUAACUUCAGCUGGAAACAGACGUGGCCUUAUUGAUAUACUUGGCUCCUCUUGCCUAUGGCCAAACUCUUACAUGGACUUCGUCCGAAGGAUUUGUAGGAUGCUUAGAAAAAGCUGCACAUAGGAGUGGUUAAAGGACCACAAUUGGGCUUGUAGGGUGAAGGUUAGUCCCACCCAUUAUUCUCCAGUACAUAAGCCCCUCUCCUCACAUACUUACAUUACCAGUUAGAAAAAUAUCAGGGAACGAUGGAGGCUGUGCAAAGUGUGGCACUCAAGUGCCCAUAAGACACAUUGUGGUUGUACCUAAAGAAGUAGCACUGGAUGCAACUACCCAACAAUAUCAGUUAAAUAGUAAUUGAGAUUUAGCCUCGUCUCUUUUGGAGAUUAAUAUCCUGAAGUUUGGAAGGACUUCUUUUAAUUGUAUUCUGCAGCUGUACAGGAAACUUAAUUCAUCAAAUAAUGUUUUUAAAUAAUGGCUCUCUUAAAUUUGCUUACUUUGUAUUGACCUACCUAUUUUGUAUGGUCAUAUUUUAAUUUGCCCAGUGAUACAAACAGGAACUGUAAUGAAAUUUCUAGGUAGAAAGUACUUGAAACAAAUAGUCUUGAAAUUGGUCUGUUCAACGCAAUAAAAAAUAUUAAACUGA